AUGGUAACUACUGAAUCUGGUUUUACAAGGAUAUUAAAGUUGGUAAUGGACCGAGUCCUCCUGUUGGAUUUCAGUUCACUCGAGAAAGGUCAGCUUUACAUUCUCCAGGUCGGCUCUGGUCAGGUCAUCAAGGGGCUUGAUGAAGGAAUCCUCAGUAUGAAAGUUGGAGGCAAACGGCGACUCUAUGUUCCGGAACCUUUGGCUUUUCCAAAAGGCCUGGCAUCAGCAUCAGGAAGGCCGCGUGUGGUUGCCGAUACAGUCGUGUUUGAUGUCAGCUUGGAGUACAUUCCCGGACUUGAGGAUGAUGAGUAA